AUGGCCCGCAAGGAUGAGGAGCUCCGACGGAGGAAAGAGGGCCGCGCCGGUGGCUCUGAUGAGUCUUCAGAAUCUGAUAGCGACUCUGAUAACGGCGAUGCUUCGCUGCGGCGACAGCUGGCGGCGCUUGAGGAGGAGGAAGAUGUGCCGCAGAAGGGUCUCAUGAGCAUGAAGUUUAUGCAAAAAGCCGAGGCUGCCAAGAAGGAGGCCAACGAUGCUCUCAUCCGCCAGAUCCAACGAGAGCUCGACGGUGAGGAGUUUGAUGGUGACGGCGAUGAGGAGAUGGAAGAGGUUGGCCGUCGGCAGUACGGCGCCGCUGAAGGUCAGGCAUUCAAGCCAGCUUUCGAGAAGCCAACUCGGACGGCCAAGAAGCAAAAGCCAACAGAAGAUUCCGACGACGACGACGAUGUGGUGAUAACUACAAACGGAGCUGGCUACAACCCUGCCAUCCCCAACAUCACAUCCCUCGACUCCUCACGAACCGUCUCAUCAACCGCAGGCGCCUGGUCUCGCGGUGAAACCCGCCGCAAGAAGAAGGGCCAGUCAGCAGCCAACGUCGGCGACCUCGACCUCUCAUCCAACGUCAUCGUCGCCUCUCACAAGUCAAAGAACAAGUCCAAACCCGACGAGGAAGCUUCAGAUGCCGAAUCAGACACUGACCAGCAUCUCCCCCUCGCGAUCCGCGACCAGGAAAUGGUGGCGCGUGCCUUUGCGGGCGAGGACGUUGUCGGAGAGUUUGACCGUGAAAAGGCAGACGUUGCUGAAGAGGACGAUGACAAGGUCGUUGAUAAUACUCUUCCUGGUUGGGGAUCAUGGGUCGGUGAUGGUGUGAGCGAAAAGGAGAAGAAGCGUCAUCAAGGCCGGUUCCUAACAAAGGUUGAGGGUAUCAAGAAGAAGGAUCGCAAGGAUGCCAAGCUGGACAAGGUGAUGAUCAACGAGAAGCGGAUCAAAAAGAACGACCGCUACCUCGCCUCACAACUCCCUCACCCCUUCGAGUCCCGUCAACAGUACGAGCGCUCCCUGCGUCUGCCCGUCGGACCCGAAUGGCAGACAAAGGAGACGUUCCAGGACAGCACCAAGCCUCGCGUGCUCAUGAAGCAGGGCAUCAUUGCGCCCAUGUCCAAGCCUACCAUCUGA